AUGAGUACCACCGUUAAAUCGAAGAAUUUCUUUAUAAUUUUUUUCCUUAUAGUAACAUGUUACUGUCCACCGAUAUUUUCCUAUUGUGAGGAUUAUUUUGAUGCGUUGGAUCAUAAUGCAAGAAGGAGUGUUGCGUGUCCGCUCGUAAAAGAUGAUUUGUCAAGAUAUUCCAAAAGGGAUGACGAUGACGAAUUGAAAAUAAAAGUAUCCCGAUUUCAAUGUGAUAAUGCAACCGAAGAAACUUGUAAAAAUGUUAGAAAGACUUUUGAUGAGGCCGCAAAAGUUAUUUCAGAAACUUUCAUUUUGAAAAGUACUAUAAACUUGGACGUAAACUUCACAAACUUUUGUAUAUCGAAACCUAGUUUGUGUGACGUACAAGGAGGAAAACGGGUCGUAAUAGGUGGCGCCAGAUCGGCACGAAACAUGCUAUUGUUGGAUGAUGAUGACGUAGCUCGAUUAUAUCCCCAAUCAUUGGUGAAACAAUUUGAAUUUAAAAAGCAUCCCGAAUUUUCAUCAAUUGAUAUCAUAGCAUCAUUUAAUUCCAUUGUCGAUUGGUAUUUUCCAUCACAAAAAACUCCUAUUCGAUCAAAGCAGCGAGACAUGCUUUAUGUUGUUUUGCACGAAUUAAUGCACGGGAUGGGUUUCUUCACACUUUGGGGGGAUUUCCUGGUCUCGGAUGAUCCCAAAGACGUUCUCAUCACCACCCGUCCAGACAUCAUAAAUGAUAACAAUCAGACCGUUUUCAAUGGAUUUAAGGAAGCCGCAUUUGAUAGAUUAUUGAUAUUUAACCGUGAUCAAACGAGGUUAACUAAGGUCUCGGAAGAAUUGAAUCAAUUUGCCAAGGCUGGCACAAGAUUUAAGAGUGAUGUCGAUUUAAUACGAAAAUUCCUAGAUUCCAAACAAGUCAAUGUAGCUCGAGAUAUGACAAAGAUAACCACGACUCCUAAAACAAUUUCCACUUUCCCCGCACCUUCCGAAAAAGUGAUUUUGGAGACUUCCAUUAAGCCUUUUCAAGGUGGUGCAAGUAUGACUCAUGUUGAUGAGAAAACUUAUCUUAACACUCCCGAUUUUUUAAUGACAUUUCUUCCGGUUCCUGGUAAAACAUUAGAGGAAUUAAUAGCAGAGGUGGGAGGUAAAGGCCCCAUUGGUCCAAAAUUAAAAUCCAUCAUGGAAAGCUUAGGAUUGGCAACCAAGGAAAAACCAAAUCCAUCUCGUCCAAGAUUAGCAUCAUAA